AUGAGUGGUUACAUCCACGCUAUCAGGAAAGGAGCAAAACUUAUUUACGUUGAUAGCGAGGAUGUCAAUCUCGCUGAUCACGAAGGCUACUUUUCCAAUCAUUCCAGUGGAGGUGGUGGUUUGAUAUACUACGAAAGAAAAUUCGGAGUCAGUGGUGGAUUUUUCGACCCGUACACAUUCUUUGAGGGACACUUCAUGCAAUCGCAAAACGAAACUUUAUCUCUGGGUCAAUUUAACAGAAGCAUCAAUUUACUGCUAUGUCGAAAGUUGCCUGCAGCAGGAGUUCAGGAAGGCCUGAUCAUCGAAAAAGGCAGAAUUGUUGCUCCAUUAACCAUUGCUACAGGAACUUAUUCUCUGUGGAUACCCAAACAUACUCUUUAUUAUUAUAACACGCUUUUUAUGCUCCCUAUUCUCAAUGUCGUGCGGCCUCGAAAAGAAACAUUCAUAUUAUCGCUACUGGCUCAAAAACUAUUGCACCUUGUGGGUACUAGCCUUGCAUUCUAUCCAAUAGAAUCGGAGUCGAGCAGUGGAUUUGGUGUUGCAAAAGACUACAGAGAUAAAGGCUAUCUGGCUGAAGAUUGGGUUUCACUUAUUUCUUACUGGAUAGAAGAACUCAAUAAAAUCUCGUAUAGAUUUCCUCCAAUUCAUGAGCAAGAUUUUGAUUGCCUUUAUGCACUGGACGAGACAUCUAGAAGACAGAAUUGCAGGCGUUCAAGCAUCUAUUUUCCAAACUUUUCAGCCGCUAAUAUGAGUAAGGUGAACAAAUGGAGGAAAGAAUCUCUUGAUGAUCUGAGCAAAUGGUGUGCUAAAGCAGAGUAUUGCGGGACUGCUUAUAAUGGGUCCACCAAAGGUGAUUUCUCCCGUGUUUACGAAACUACUUUGAAAACCCGUCUAAGCAAUGUGAGUCUAAUCAUGUUCUUGGAAAUUCUUCAGAACUGUGAUCUCGAGGAUGUUUUCUAA